AUGGCGCCCCGAACACCUCGCAGCUCGCUCAAGAAGCACGAUGCGGCCGCCGAGUCGAGGGCGCUCAAGGCGCGGCGCCAGCGCACCACCACGCAGGUGCGCAAGGACAAGCGCCGCGCCGCCGUGCAGACCAAGCGGCGCCGCCUCAUGUCGGCCGACCAGCCGCCGCUCACGGGCCGCAGCAUCGCCGAGCUGGUCAAGAUCCUCGGGGACACGACCAACGCAUCGGCGGCCCAGAGCCAGGCGCGCUUCGAGACGCUCAAGGAGAUCCGCGUGCUGCUGGCCACGCACGAGAACGACUACGAGGCCGUGGAGCAGAUCAUCGAGUCCGGGGUGCGUUUGGGAUUGUGUGCUUAUUUGUGGUGUCUUUGCGUUUCUUAUUUGUGGCAGAUUGUGCCUGUUAUGGUAUCGCUGCUCAACUCGGCCUCGCCGCUGGCCAGUGCCACCCGCACGGGCGGAGAAGUGUACCGCGAGAUUUUGUGGUGCCUUACAAACAUUGCAAGCGGCCAGUACGAGCACACGAAGUUGGUGCUGCCGGCUGUACCCCGCCUGCUGCAAUUCCUGGAGGGAUCCAACCACUCGCUGGCGGAACACGCCGCCUGGGUGCUGGGCAACAUUGCAGCGGACUGCGAGGAGUUCCGCCAGCAACUCAUCGCCAACGGAGCGGUGGUGCCGCUGGUCAAGCUGCUGAGCAACCCAAGCGAGAAGGAGCUGGCCAAGACCAGCGCUUGGGCGCUGUCCAACCUGGCUCGAGGGUUCGAGACGCCGGCCAAGCCGUUCGUCGACGCCGGUAUCAUUCCGGUGGUGGUCAGCGGACUGUCUCAGCCCAGCUCGCCUGCUACUUUCUCCGAGGAUAUCGUGGUCGAAGUGGCCUGGCUGCUGAGCUUCUUGACCGCACGCGAGGAGGAGUACCUGAAGCUCAUGCUGGAGAACGGACUCGUGGAUCUGCUGUUGCCCUACUUCUCCACGAACAACGAGCUGCUGCUGACCCCAAUCCUGCGUGUGUUUGGCAACAUUUGCUGCGGCUCACCGGACCACCACACGGACGAAUGGCAGAUGCCGUACGUUCGACGCUUGCUCAGCGCAGACUCGGUCGUGUUGCCGAAGUUGCACAAGUUCCUUCAGCCCGCUGCGGCUGGAGCGCAGCAAAAAUCUCUGGCUGCUGAGGCAGCGUGGGUGAUCUCGAACCUGGCUGCGACCGAGGCUCCAGUUGUGGAGCUGCUCAUGCAGGCACAGUUGCUCCCGCUUCUGGGCCAGCAGUUCAAGGACGGAAGCUACGAGGUGCGACGCGAAGUGGCGUUCGCACUGACUAAUAUCGCGCUUACUAGUGCGGCGCACAUGGAGAAGGUGCUAGCGCUGGACGUCCUCAAGGGUUUCUUGCACCUCCUGACUGUGGCAGACGUGGCUAUCGUCGGCAACUCGCUGCGGCUCAUCGAGAACGUGUUGCGUGUGGCCCCUCGCGGAGUUUCGCUGGUUGAGGUGAAUGAGGGCAUCGACGCGCUGGAGACCGUACAGUUUGAAUGUGGAGAAGAGCACUUGUCCAAGUGGGCCGCUGCGCUGGUCAACGAGUUCUACGGAGAGAAUUAUGGCAUUAACUCGCCACCAAAUGCUGCUGGAGUCCCUGCUGGAUUUGGCUUCGCUUCUGAUGAACCCAUGCAGUUGUCGUUCGGUGCUAACAACGCUGGUCCGCAGCAAGUGGCCCCGGGCCCUGGCGGUCGAGGCCGUGGUGCACACAUGACCACCCCCGCGUGGAAGAAGUAA